AUGAGAGAGGUGACAACUAGGGCGGGUCAAGAACUCAAGAUAGAGACAAUGCUGCUAUUAGAUGAAAUGAUAGUUUGCAGUUAGCGCAUGUUGAGGAGGUCGAGGUCUUGCGACCAGUCCAGUCAAUAUUCAAUAAUCGCUCACAAGAUUUCAUCAGUGCACUUGAAGUAGUGUAUUUUCACUUAUAGUUGAACUAGCUUAUAACUCGACGGAGGAGCUGAGCUGAAUAUUAAAUCUACGGGUUAUCCCAAUAAUUCAAUAUUCGGCUCAGUUCCUCCGACCAACGGGUCGGGUUAUAGGCUAGUUUU